AUGUCGAACGGCCAGGCAGCUGCGGUCGGCUCUCAGCCCGUGGGGAUGACUUCAGGAGGAGCUCGCAUCCCCGAGAAGUCCGGCACUGGGGCCCAGCCCGCCACUGCCCAGGCGCACCAGUGCCAGCGGAGCCUGCACACCGAGGCGCUGACAGAGAACACCCCCAAGGCUGUGACCAAGGACAUCGGCAACACAGCUGAAGGGGCGCCCGGUGGAGAACGGGGAGAGGAGAGCUCCGGGCUGCCACCGGGAGAGGAGGGUGACUACCCAGACCCGGGUCUCCUUACCUACCUUGACGAACUUUGUGCACAGGACAAAUACUUCCUUGCCAAGGUGGACGUAGUGCUGCACCCACGCUUCCUGGAGGAGUUGCUCUCUCCGGAUCCUGAGCUGGACCUCUUGGCCCUCGCUGAGGAGCUGGAGAAGGAGGAAGGACUGUCCAUCUUACAGCUGGAGCACAGCCGACUCCUGGAACUGACGCAGGAGGAGGAGGGUGUGCAGGCCUCCCUGAGUCACAGCGCACCCCAACUGGACAUAAGGCCUUCUGUGUCUGAGGCCGGCCAUUUUCCCCAGAGGCCAGGCCUCAGCCCCACUGGCCCUCCAGCUGCCAAGGCCAGCAGUCAGCCCCCGUGUGCAGGCACAGCCCCUGCUGAGAAGACACCUCUGCCAGGGGCCAGCCUCGGGGUCGCUGGGGGGCCAGCCUUUGCUCUGGGUCUUGGCCGCCCCUCACAGGCCCAGAAGAGAAAGGGGGACCCUUUUGUCCCAGAGAGGUCUAAGAAGCGGCACUGCAACCAGUAG